AAGCUACAGUGUCUUUGCCUUUGCCGCUGAGUUUUGUGUAGUUCGCGCGUUAACAAGUUUGUAUUGUGUAAUCGCAGGAAAAUAUGAUAAUCGGUUUGCUCAAGAUAUGAGCACGCAUUUGUUAAUGUCCGGCUGAAUUUCUAAAUUUUGACAUCUCUUCAAAUCCUGUUUGCUAGCCAGCGGUUAGCAUUACCAUGGCUAGUGCUGCUAACGCAAAUAUAAACGCAGUGCGGGAGACGAUGGAAGUGCUGCUGGAGAUCUCCAGAUUGUUGAACACUGGUUUGGAUUUGGAGUCUUUGUCCAUCUGUGUGAGACUGUGUGAGCAGGGCAUCAACCCGGAGGCUCUGUCUGCUGUCAUCAAAGAGCUGAGGAAAGCCUCCGAGUCCCUGAAGACAUCUGAAAACUGCUCAAACUGAAGAUGUGACCUCAUCCUCUCAGGCGCCGUGUGGUUCUGGACCUGUACUUGGAUCUGUCUCCAUGUGUUAGCAAUCGGUUCUCACCAUCGUCUUGGUGUCCAGAGCACUGCGUGUCAUGUGUGUGGACUUGUGGCUAAGAUUUUUGUCUUGAGGCAUCAACAAUCGUCUUAACUCUGAACAUGAGGAUACGGACAUCUGUGAUGCUGUUUACAACGUUGUCUUUUUACUUUCUGUAUCCACUUUGUGAAACAUAAGUCAACAUGAUAACGGGGCAGAUAUGUGAAACAAUUGUUUUAUGGUAAAGGCACCAUAUUUUGCACACACAUUGUUAAUAUGAUUUAAAAAAAAAUUCUUGCAUUUUUUUACAUCAUUUUUUUACAUUGCUUUUUUUUUUUUUACAUCAACAACACUUAAAAACACUGAAUCUAUUCCAAUGAUUUAAAAACAUUUUUAAAUCACCAUUUUUAAGGCCUUGAUUCAAGAAAAGAAAAAAAAAAGAUCUUGUCAUAAUAGCUAUUUUUUGUUUUCAACCAAACGAUAACAAUCCAGAAUUUGGUGCCUUUGCCAUAAAACACACAGUUGUUUUAAUGUUUUACACACCUGUUCCACUGUGUUGAGGCAGUGAUGCUUUGUUAAAAUUUUAAGCUAUCAAAAUUUUUUUGUUUGUUUUGCUGUGAAUGGCUUUCCCCCCCCCCCCCCCCCCCACAAAUUUUGCACUACUUUUGCAGUUUUGUGAAUAAAAUCUAAAUAGAA